AUGAGAAUUCUAGAGUCAAUGACUUCGAUGAUUGCUGGUAGCAGAUUCCAUUUGAACAAUCAGAGGUCGCUGAACUCGGGGCUUCAUGAGGACUCAUCUGAUGCUAUCAGUUUUAAUUUUGAUUCUAUAAAUAGAGAAACCACCAAUGAUCAUCCUCUUGUCAAUCCAAAUAUUGGGGUUUCUACCUACAACUCCACAAAAAGCCCUCGUCCACUAAUAAUAUGGCAUGGCCUUGGUGAUUCAUAUAAUAGUGAGGCGAUGUAUCGAGUAUUUGAAAUCCUCAGACUGGUAGUACCCGAUCUUUAUAUAUAUUCUGUCUUUUUAGAUGAAGAUACAGAGAAGGACGCCCAAAAAUCGAUGUUCGCGAACAUGAAUGAGGAACUUGAUGCUGUUUGUGAGAGAGUAUUAGCGGAUCCUGUGAUAUCCAUGGCUUUGAAAAAUCAGCAUGAUGGAGGUGCUGAUUCGCAUAGUGGGGUGAAUAUGAUUGGGUUCUCACAAGGAGGAUUAUUUUCCCGCUCUUUAAUUGAAAGAUGUGAAGGAUUAAACAACAUUAAUAAUUUGAUUACUUUUGGACUGCCGCACAAUGGGAUUCUGGAUUUGCCAGAAUGUGGAAAGACAGAUUGGGUUUGCCAUCAACGGAACAAGUUCGUCAAGGGGCAUAUUUGGGAUAAGAAUAUUCAGCAGAAUGUGGUUUUUGCUCAAUAUUUCAGAAACGGUGCGGGAAGUCAUGGAUAUAAUGAGGAUUAUGAAAAAUAUUUAGAAAACUCUAUUUUUUUGAAAGACGUCAACAACGAAGGUGAAAAAGGGGACGAGAUGUAUAAGAAAAAGUUGACAUCAAUCAAUGGUAAAUUUGUCAUGGUAAGAUUUGAGAAAGAUAAAGUUGUUGUUCCUCGCGAUAGUGCCUGGUUUUCUGAUUGGCAGCCUAAAAUCUCGAAAAACGAAGACCAUGUGCUUAUUCCUCUUAUUGAGUCUCGUCAAUUCAGAGAAGAUUUAAUCGGAUUACAAGAGAUGUUGAAUUCAGAUAAACUAGUGUUUGAGAGUAUCAAUGGUGAACACAUGUCUAUAUCGGAAGGGGAUUUGGAGAAGUUUGCAAGAGCAUAUUUAACUUGA